CAAAAUAAAUAGAAUUUUCACAUUCAACCGGCAGCAGAGGUGUUGUAAAAUUGUAUUGUUUUAUUUUGGAGCACGUAAAAGUGUUUUGAUUGCUACAAAUUUUGAACAUUCAGCAAAGGGAACUGUGUGAAAUAUUUUCCAUUCCCAAAACAAUACCGGAUACAUCCUUAGAUAAUUGAUUAGAUAAGAUCAAGAGAUCAUGGACACUGUGGUCAUCUCGAGUGAUGAGGAAGAACCGGAGAGCAAGCCUGUGGUCGCCACCCGAAAGCGUCCAGUUGCUGCAUGCGAACCCGAAAACGAAAAGGAAGUGACAAUCCGGAAACGUUCAACGUUCCUUACCAAGGAUGAUCGGUUGCACGCAGAAUACUUGCUCGAUGGCUGUCCCGACGAUGUGAUGUGCACCAAGUUUAAUCUAACGAUCUUCCGACAAGACCUCCACUCCCUCGCCCCGGGCAAAUGGCUGAACGACAAUGUUAUCAACUUUUACUUAGCAAUGAUAGCUGAUCGGUCGCAGGAGAUGGGCUUCCCCUCCGUGUACGCCAUGUCCACCUUUUUUUCCAGUAAACUACUGAAUGGCGGCGGCUACAAUGCAGUCCGCCGUUGGACACACGGUAUGGAUAUAUUUGCCUAUGAGCUCAUACUCAUCCCAGUGCAUUUGCGUGUUCACUGGACUCUGGCGGUAAUAGACAUUCCUGGACAGUCUAUUCAGUACUAUGACUCUCUGGGGGGAACGCAUGACCAAUUGCUGAAAGCGUUGGAGGUAUAUCUGGCCAAAGAGUCCAGGGACAAGCGCAAAAAGAAACUCGACACAACCAAGUGGUCCAAGGAGCAUGUUGCGGCAAUGCCCAGACAAACAAAUUUCAAUGACUGUGGCGUCUACGUGUGCUUCAUUGCGGAGCACCUGACCAGACAGCGACGGUUACGUUUUCGCAAAAAGAAUGUCCCCGACUAUCGUACGCAAAUGUUGCUGGAAAUUUACGAAGAAUGCCUACGACUCUAGUAUAAAUAAUAUAUAAAUAAUAUAAAUAAUGUAAAUAAUAUAUAAAUAAUAUAUAGCCAUUAAAGUCAACGAUUUGCUGCUUUC